AUGAGUAAUAUUGAGGAACUGUUUAGCAGUGUUGGCAGUCUACGCUUAUGCACUGUUACACGACCUGGUCAAGCUGAAGUUAUCUACAAUCAUUCAUCAGAUGCACUUGAAGCUAUUGAACGGUAUAACGGGCGAGAGUUAGACGGUCGUCCAAUGCGUGUCACUCUGACAACACCUGUGAGUAGUGAGCAUGAUACAUCAGUUGGUGUUGGUGGUGGUGCUGCUGGUCUACGUAUGGCUUCAAGACUUGGUCCUAAUUAUGGAAGAAAACAAAAUGAAAGUCAAGCGAAACAAGUUAUACGAAAUUCAGUCAACCGAUCAUCAUCGUCGUCAGCAGCAGCCGCAGGAGCAACAGCAACAGGAUCAAGUGUUCCAAUGGAAGUUGAUGCAGAUGUUGUGCGUAAAGCUUUAUUCAAUAUCAGUUCAUCAGGUAGUGUACAGUCAAGAAGACCUGUAGACUUUAGUGUUAGUCUUCGUUAGAACAAUCAAUGUGUGUGUGGGGAUGGUUGUUGAUAUAGGUAAAGAAGAAAAAUAAACAACAACAACAAAUAAACGUGAUCCUGUUUUGUUCUAUUAUCACUGUUAUUAUUAUUAGUAUUAUUAUUAUUUAUCGUUCAACUUUACAAUCAUUCUUCAUAGGUAUGUUUGUGUAUAACUUGGAAAAUAAACCUGUAUGCUAUGCUGUUCUGUGCAGUGCUGUGCUGCAUUGUUGAUUUCUUGUUGUUUACUUUUCCCUUCCCAUCUUCUUUUUCUUCCAAUAUAUAAAUAAUCUAGAAAAUACAGG